UGAGAUUUGACAAGAACAUAACCCCAUUUUUUCAAAAUAGAUAACCUCUAUAUUGAAAUGUUGAAAAGUUUUUUUAUUACAAGUAACUAUUUGUAAAUCUGUUCAUUAAAAGUGUAUUUUAUAGUUGUUAAAUCAGAAGAAUCCUAUAAAUCGUGUGAGUCCUUACUCAGUGAUGAGUGUGAACAUCUGUAUCAUAAGAAAGAAAUAAUUGUAUAACUCCAGAAUGGCAUCAUUCGAUCUUCAGUUUACUUCAAAUCCAAACAGCAUAAAAGGUAGGGUUAUAAGAAGAAAAAAGAAAGUGGAAACUAAAGUUGCAGGACCUACUAAAUCGUUGAAAGCUUUGUUUGAACCAAAAGAAAUUAAAACUACCAAUACCCAAUCGGAAUCACAAAAAAAUCAGACUAAACCUAAGGAAAAUCAAAGUGAGAAAAUUUUCGAUAAAUCACAAGAGAAACCUAGUAAACACAUUGUGGAACGUAAAGACAAGUCGAGUGAAGAACCCAUAAACAAACCAGAACGUAACCAGAGUGCACAAUUCGUGAAACGUAAAGAUUAUCAAAGGGAACAAUCCUUCAGCAAAACUCCAGAAAAUGGGGAUGGAAAACUAGUUAAACGUAAAGCGAAAAAGGAUAAAUUAGCAAAUGCAGCUGCUGCAAGGGAGGGUUCCAAUCCCAACAUUGGUGCUAAACAUGAGAAAUCAGACCACAAACUUUUUUCGGAAAAGAACAAAACCAACAACAUUGUCAAUAUACGAGGAGUAUCUGUAGUCGAAAAGGUUUUCAGCAAGGGGGGAAAGUUUAGCGAUUUACAGAUUCAUAAAUAUGUAGUGUCAAAUUUAGAGAAACACGGUUUUAGUACAUUGACGAAAGUGCAAGAGAAGGCUAUUCCAGUUGUUUUGAACGGUGGUGAUGUGUUAGUUCGUUCCCAGACUGGUUCUGGAAAAACCUUAGUUUAUGCCAUACCUAUUAUCGAUGCUUUACAAAGCAUUACCCCGAGACUAGAUAGAAAUCAAGGGCUCCAAGCACUCAUUGUUGUGCCAACUAGAGAAUUAGCUGUUCAGACACAUGAAAUCAUUUUGAAAAUUUGUACUUUCCAAUGGAUAGUUAUCGGUCAUCUUUGCGGUGGAGAGAAUAGGAACACUGAAAAAAAUAGGUUGAGAAAAGGUGUACACAUUCUAAUAGCUACACCCGGUCGUCUUCUCGAUCAUAUUUUACACACUGCUUCAUUCAAAACGAACAAUGUGAGAUGUCUGGUCCUCGAUGAAGCUGAUAGGCUUCUCGAUAUGGGUUUCAAGAAGGACAUAAUCAAAAUUGUGGAAAUACUAGACAAAUCGAAAAAGGAUGAGGAAUAUGACCCAAUGGCAAUGUUAAAGGGUGAAUCUGCAGAAGAAACCGAAGAAUCUGAAACAGACUCCGGUUACUGUUUAAGAAACCCUAAAAGCAAAAAACGACAGACAAUUCUCUUAUCGGCAACCCUAACAAAAGGCAUCGCAGAACUUGCGGAGUUCAUGAUGAAAGAACACACCUAUGUUGACGCUCUGGAUGAUUCUUCGAAGCUCAAUCCUGAACACAUGGUCAUACCAAGCACGGUGAAACAACAAUACAUGAUAACCUACGUUAAACAUCGUUUGUUCACUCUGUGUUCGAUAUUCGUGGCUAAGUCCAAACAAAAUUGUAAAAUUUUAGUGUUUAUGGCUACGAGUCAGAUGGUGGACUUCCAUUACGAACUGUUCUCCAAGUACUUGAGGGUAAUGCCGGUGAAUAGGGGUAAAUUGAAAAGUGGGAAUGUCUUGUUGUUGAACGAAGGAAUAGACUCAGACGACGAAGAUGAAGAAGUUAUGGAUGCUCAUUUCUUCAAGCUGCACGGUUCCAUGGAACAGGCUAAGAGGAAGGAGCAAUUUUUAGGUUUUAAGAAAGCUAACCGGGGGAUUUUGUUGUGUACAGAUGUUGCCGCAAGAGGUAUAGAUGUACCAGAAGCGGACUUCGUUAUACAGUAUACUGGACCUCAAUCAGACGAAGAUUAUAUUCAUAGAGUCGGCAGAACUGGAAGGGUGAACAAAGCAGGUACAGCCCUCUUAUUCUUGACGCACGAAGAACAGGAGUACGUGACGCAUCUCCAGAAACAUAAAGUCUUCUUGAAAGAAAGGGAUCCCAAGGAAUUCUCUGGAGAUCUGUGCAAUCUGAUGGAAGAACCAGUACCGGAGAAUGCAGCCUUGGCACUUCAAAAGAGAUUUGAAGAGGCGAUUUCAAAUAAUAAAGAAUUGCACAAAUUGGCUUGUUUUGCCUACUCCUCGUGGUCCAGAUUCUACAACACCUAUCCAGCCAAACUGAGGACGAUUUUCAAUUUCCAAAAGGUCAACUUGGGUCACUACGUCACCAGUUUCGCCAUCAAGGACACUCCUAGUUCCGUAGCCAAGGUCGUCAGGAGGCAGGUGUCCAACGUCGAGCCGAAGAGGCUCAACAAGAAGCUGGCGACGCACGAAGAUACUAAUGAGCCAAAGAAGAACCUGAAAACACAAUCACAGAAGAGGAAAAUCAAGUCCAUCUGUUUCUCUAUUUCGGAAAACGAUAGUGGCCUACAGUUCAAGAAGAAGAAGAAAAACUGAUUGAUCGAUAAUUCUUCGUAAUAAAUAUUAUCAUAUAUGUGAAUAAGAAUUUUAUUUAUUUAAAUAUGUAUGGAAAUUGUUGUACAUAAUGACAUUUUAAGUAAUGAUUGAAUAAAAAGUUUAAAUAGAAA